AUGGCAAACGUUGUUCAACGUACUCCGCCUGCCGGUGGCUCUAAUAAAAACACUGCAUCGACAAACAAGCGGCAGCGGACUGACGGCCAGAACUGGCCAGAAAUAAUUUCGGCGGAAGAUGAUGUAAAUUCGAAUUCGAUCACGCUAGAAGGUAUGUUUCAGACGAUGAUGCAGCAGUUUGUGGAAACGAGACAACUUAUAGACACGGUGAGGAGCGAAAUUAGCGAUGUGAACAGCAAAAUUGACUCCGUUAAAACGGAACUGCAGAACGACAUAAAAUCGGUGAAGGAUGAAUGUGCGUUAAAAUUUCAGCACCACGAUGUGGCAUUGGAUUCGCUAAAUUCGAGAGUGGACGGUAUAUCCCGAAAAAUUGGAGCUCUGCAAAAUCGAUACGAGCUCAUCAUAAGCGGCAUUCCCUUUAAAAACGGCGAAAACCUACAUUCGUUGCUCACAGAAAUCGGAAAACACCUAGCAAUUAACCACACGACCACCUUGAUGGCGCAAACCAGGCGCAUGAAAUCCGGCAGCAGUUCAGACAGCAACGGGCUCAUCGUUGUCGAAUUUGCAAUGAAGGCAACACGGGACGAAUUCUACAGCGCGUAUUUACGAAAACGAGACCUCAAGCUGCGUCAUGUUGGGUUUGAUUCAGAUCGUCGAAUAUAUAUCAACGAGAACCUCUCCAUCGAUGCACGAAAACUGAAGUUGGCUGCACUACAACAUAAAAAGGCAGCCCUCAAGAAAUUGUUUCCCCUUUUACACUUGAUGCCUCCGUCUCAUAACCACACCUCCAUGAACAUUCCGGCAGCAGUGCUAAAUGCGGCUUUAUUCCCAGGAAAGCUGAAUAUCUGCCACGGAAAUGCUCAAAGCCUUUGUGCGCGAAAUGGUAGUAAGCUUGAUGAGAUUCGAAACGUCUUAUUGGACUCGAAGAUUGAAAUUGCUUGUUUCACUGAAACAUGGCUUAAUUCUAAUACGAACGAUUGCAGUAUUGAUGUAUCCGGUUACUCCAUUAUAAGAAACGAUAGAGUGUAUAAGCGCGGUGGCGGGAUCGCAGUCUACUAUCGAAAGCAUCUCACUUGCUCUAAGGUUUUUGGUACGAUGCUAACUGAGAGUUCCACGGACAAAACUGAGUGUUUUGCGUUAGAGUUUCGAGUGGGUGACAUUAAGGUUCUACUAAUGGCCAUCUACAAUCCUCCGGAGAAUGAUUGCUCAUCUUUCUUGGCUGAGAAGUUGGCUAACAUUGCAGUACGCUACGAACAUGUAUUUCUGGUGGGCGACUUCAAUACUGACUUACUACGUCCCAAUACUAAACGUACACUUUUCGAUGCGAUGCUCAACUCUUUUUCCAUGUCAUCCGUUAGUGAAGAACCAACAUUUUUCCACGAUGGAGGGUGCUCACAGUUAGAUCUGUUCCUAACCAACAGUAAUGAGAAAGUGUUACGGUUUGGGCAGGUCGGUUUUCCAGCGUUAUCACAGCAUGACUUGAUAUUUGUAUCAGUAGAUUUUGACAUCAUUCCGCCUACCAACCUGCAUACUUACCGAGACUAUGUAAAUUUUGACCCACACGUUUUGGAAGAUGCUAUUCUGUCUAUCCCCUGGCACCAGUUUUAUGCCAUGGAGGACCCUAAUGAUUCCAUAGAAUUUUUCAAUGCACACCUUAAAAGAGUGCAUGAUUCUUGCAUCCCUCUUCGUUUCAGUAACAGUCACCGUCGGUACAAUCCAUGGUUCACCGAAAACGUCCAUCAAUCCCUGCUCGAACGUGACCUAGCGUACAAGGACUGGUUGCAAGCUCCACCAGAUUUGAAAAACAAUAAGCGUCAACGGUACAAGGUGCUGAGAAAUCGCGCCAACACGAAAGUCAACCAAGCCAAACAGCAAUAUCUAAACCGUUUCUUGGAUAUCAAAAUCCCAUCAAAAAUCCUAUGGCGACGCGUUAAAAGUCUUGGUGUUGGAAAAAACAAGCAGUCUCGGCCUUGCGAGUUUGAUCCAGAUGAUGUAAAUCGUACUUUCUCAGAAAACUUCACGAACAGUACCCGACAAGCAGCAACCAUUUUGGCACCAGCAUCGCCGUAUAACUUUUGCUUCCAACGUGUGCGCUACUGGGAAAUUGUAAACGCCAUCUACGAUAUCAAAUCAAAUGCUGUUGGGAUGGAUGGUUUGCCCAUUAGCUUUGUUAAGAUCGUCCUACCGUUAGUUGUGCAACACAUUACGCAUCUUUUCAACAUGUUCAUCGAGACUUCAACUUUUCCUGAGUCCUGGAAGCACGCGAAAAUAACUUCCUACAUUGAAGCCAAUGGCUUGUUGAACGACUGCCAAGCUGGAUUUCGUAAAGGACAAAGCAUCAAAACCGCAGUUCUCCGGGUGUCCGAUGAUUUAGGUGCCAUUAUCAACAAAAAAGGUGCUGGUAUACUACUACUGCUCGACUUUUCGAAGGCGUUUGAUACUAUUCCACAUGGCACAUUAUUGAACAAACUGCAUAUGCAGUUCAACUUCUCCACUACCGCCGUAAGCCUGAUGGAAUCGUACUUGCAUGGACGAAAGCAGACAGUUUUUUGCGGUGAUCGUUUCUCUAGCUGUGUUGAUGUGCCAUCUGGCGUUCCUCAAGGCUCCGUUCUUGGCCCUCUUCUUUUUUGCUGUCAUAUCAACGAUCUACCGACGGUGCUGAAGUACUGCUCUAUACAAAUUUACGCUGAUGACGUACAACUCUACAUCGGGCGACCCGGCCCUUGUGUGCGCGAGUUAUUCAGGAUGAUGAAUGCAGAUCUCGAAAGAGUUUCAGCUUGGUCUCGACGAAAUGAACUACAUGUGAACCCAGUAAAGAGUAAAGCACUGUUAAUCACAAGCCGACAUCGCAGAUCCUCUGUUUUGCCAACAUCUGAAGUGACAAUGAAUGGAGAAACCAUCAAAUGGUCUAACAGUGCCAGCAACUUAGGAUUUAUUUUCCAGAGUGACCUGCAGUGGGAAGAACUGAUUGCUCAACAAUGUGGAAAAAUAUAUGCAAGUCUUAGAACGCUGUACUGCUGUACCUCCUCGGCGCCAACAGCCACCAAACUAACUCUAUUCAAGGCUUUGAUCUUACCGCAUUUCUUAGUUGGUGAUGUCCUCCAUGUUCGGCCUAGCGCAGGCUCCUUUGACCGGUUACGUGUGGCAUUAAACUGUUGUGUUAGGUACGUCUACGGUUUGAGUCGCUACGAUCACGUGAGUCACCUGCAAAAAAACCUCGUUGGAUGUCCCUUGGAGAAUUUCUAUGCGCAUCGAUCAUGUGUAUUCUUGUGGAAUCUUUUGCGAACGGAAUCUCCUGUUAUACUGUUCCGUAAGCUUAUCCACAGCCGUGGACGUCGGUUGCAAAACCUAGUGAUCCCAACCAACAACACGGGUUGUUACGCCAGUUCGAUGUUCGUUCGAGGUGUGGUAAACUGGAAUUCGUUGCCUACCGCUGUAAAGCGUUCUUCGUCGGAAGCAAAUUUCAAGAGUGGCUGCAUCAACUUUUGGAAGCGUGUAAUCAACUUUUGGAAGCGUGUAAUCUAA